GGGCUCCGAAAAUCUGUCUCUUGACCGGAAGUUACAUUUUCCACUUCCGAAUUGGAUCAAGGCAGAUGGGUGGAAAUAAUCUCCGCCGCCCUCGCCCCAGGGGGUGCCCAUGCUUGACCUGAGUUGCAAAGUGAGGAAAAACUGUAUCCAAUAACUCAGAUAUGGCAGAAAUGAAGUCAAUGUUCCGGGAAGUUCUUCCAAAACAAGGGCAAUUGUCUGUCGAAGAUGUAACCACAAUGGUGCUUUGUAAACCCAAACUUUUACCCUUAAAAUCUCUGACUCUGGAAAAACUGGAGAAAAUGCAGCAAGCGGCACAGGAUACAAUUCGCCAACAAGAAAUGGCAGAAAAAGAACAGCGGCAAAUAACCCACUGAUAACUUAGUGCUUCAGGGAACAACAUACCUUAUCUCCUACUUACUGAUAACUAGAAAAUCUGCAUUUGUAUGCUGAAUAGUAGUAUUUGUUAAUAAAACUGAUAGUAUUCACAUAAAUAAUACAAGAAUACCCAAGAUU